CAUCCAUCCCUACAUCUUUCUUUAACCUCCCCUCCACUAACCUAUGAGACAGGGUUCAGAGGUGAAGUCGCGGAGAGGGAUGGGACAACCUCAACUGUGAUUUGUUAUGAAUUAGUAUACCCUACACCAAAACUGAGUGCCUACACAUUCUUCGACAGAGCUGAAGAAAGAAAGAUGUAGGGAUGGAUGUAUGAUUUUUGUUUUCAGCCGAAGCAUCUUUCUUGUUGGUAUCCUUUACACCAUCCCUACAUCCCCCUUCAUUUUGAAGAAAUGAUUUUUCCACUUGUAUAUUGAGGGUUGGCUCACUCUGACCCCUGCGCUACACGUAAUGUUACUGUGCAAUUUAUGCUUCUUACAUGAAGAGGUCUGCAAACAUCUAGGUAAGUAUAUAUAAUAGUUAGACGCUGAUUCGAGGUAACUACGCGCAGUAGAAAGCCGAGCUUUUUCUCUACUUACUUACAGGCAUAUCUGGAGUUCUUCUGUAGUCCGUCGUUCAUGAGAGCACUAAUGACGGUCCUGGUGGACUAUCCUCAAGUCAACUACCACAUUGUCAACAGACAGCCUUGGGACCCUUGGCUAUUUAUGAGUGUAUCACUGAUCAUGAGGAGUGACAAGGCAACAGAUCACGCAUAAUGCCGAACCUAUUUUGCAACACUUCUCCAUCGAGGAUAAUGACAAUGUUACAGUUGCCUGGGACAUGGGAAUGUACAGUGUACGAGAGGAUAGUGGGUCACUCAUGGCCUGUGUGGUGGUCACUGCUGGUACUCUGUGCCGUGACAUUGAGGUCUUUGUGUCGACUGCAGACUCUACAACACCACCGCCAGCUACAGGCGAUGCGGAUUACGGAGUCCUCAGUUCCCAGUCUUUAACCUUGACUGCUGGCACCACAUCAACUUGUGUUACUGUUGACAUUGUGAAUGACAUGGAGCCUGAGGAGGCACUAGAGUUCUUCAGUCUCGAGCUCAGUUCAACUGACUCAGAUGUAAUAAUCCCUACUCCAAUAGCUCGUGUUGCCAUUCAAAAUGACGACAUCAUUGUUCAAAUGGGACUGGCUGAAUAUAAUGUGUGUGAGGGUGUGGGAAGCCUGAUGGUGUGUGCUGCUGCCACUGGUGGGAGUGUGAUUUCCUCUUUCACUCUUGCAACAAAUCCAGGAGCUGCCACUGCUCCGGAAGACUAUGAAGAUGUUAGUUUAGAGGUUGUGGGAGAGCAGAUUCCUUGUCUGAGCAUCACCAUAGAAGAUGACAUGGAGAGGGAAAGCUGUGAUGAGACCUUUACUGUUGUCUUGAGCACAUCUGAUCCCAGUGUCAUUAUUGUCUCACCAAACACGUCUACUGUUACCAUCUAUGACAAUGAAGAGCCCAGGAUUGAAUUCAUCAAUAAUACUCCAGAUUCUACUGGUUUCAAUAUAAGCUCAGAAUUUCAGAUAGAGGGCUGCAUCAAUCAGACAAUGUGUACCAUACGUCAAACUGGAGAAUCUAUUGCCUGUGAAAAUUCUGUGUCCUUCACACAAGAGCGAAAUGGUGCUCGCACUCUGUUUAUUACAGGCAGUGGCUUCUGUGGAAACAGUCAAACACUGUCCCGUAUUCUUCGAUCUGACGUCCCAGUAUGUGAUGUACAUCAAAUCAAUGGAGGAGUAGAGCAAGCAACUGUAGAUGGGAAUAGUGCAACUGUACUGUUUGAAGGAACAGGUCCAUCUGUUGACAAUGUUGUCACUGAUUUUGGGCUCAGCAUUAGAAGGGCGAGUGCUGGAGAGUUUGACAAUAUCGUGACUGGCCUCAUGUGCUCUACAGCAGCUACUCAGGCUCCCUCUCCAUUUACUGUGACAUGCUCUUUCUUUCCCAAGUCCCUGACAGUGGUUUUAGCCACGGAAGAGUGCAACUUUACUCUGAAGUUGCAGCUGAAUGGGGUUCUCAUACCACGAACGUUCAAGUCCCACUACUUUGAUAAAAAUGGCAAAGAAGUCAUUGACAAGGGUCGUACCAACUGCUUCUACCAGGGUGAGGUGUCGGAGAGACCAGACUGGCAGGUCGUGGUCAACCUCUGCAAAGGACUAUCGGGGACAUUUGGUGUACAUGGCGCAGAAGUAAACCGUGAGGAAUUUUAUCACAUCGAGCCUCUUAGAGGUGACUCCAAUACAUUCCAGCGUGGAAAAAAUCUGAUUGAUCUGGCAAAGAGACAGUCUGGGCAGCAGUUUCUGUUUGUGGAGCUGGUGAUUGUCAACGACCAGAGCCAGUUCAAUGAGAAUGGAAAUCUGGAGAACACUGUGAUUAGAGCUCUCGAUAUUGCCAACCAAAUGGACACCCUGUUUCGUGUGCUGAAUGUGAGAAUAGCGCUGGUGGACGUCAUCACCUGGAACGCGGGGAACCAGAUAUCGGUCGUCAGUAAUCCAGAAACACUCCUCAACAACUUCAGGACCUACAAGCCCCAGAUCACCACCCAGCACGAUGCAGCCAUGCUUCUCACUAACGUUGACCUGGACGGUUCCACCAUUGGCAUAGCCUUCCUGAGGGCCACGUGUGGGUCCAGUGCUGUCGGAGUCACCCAGGACACUAGGCGAUCUGUGGCCGCCGUGGGCGCCACCGCCUCACACGAACUGGGUCACAACAUGAACAUGGAUCACGACGAUGCCAGCAGUUGCAACUGCUCCGAUGGGACAUCAAGGUGCAUCAUGGCCGCUACUAUCACCUUCAACCCCCCGACUCGCUGGAGCCAGUGCAGCAUCGACCAACUCAACUCGGGGUUCACAGGCUCCAGAAACCUGGAUCGCUGUCUCUUCAACGAGCCGACGAUGGUCGUUGGAGACCCAGUCUGUGGCAACGGGAUCCAGGAAGACGGAGAAGCAUGUGACUGUGGCUCUCCACAGGAGUGUACCAACCAGUGCUGCAAUGCCAACACCUGUCAGCUAGCCUCGAAUGCCGAGUGCUCCUCUGGGACCUGCUGCGACAUCGCUACCUGUCGGCUCCGACCAUACGGGACACAGUGUCGCUCCAGCAGCAGUUCUUGCGACAUCGCCGAGUACUGCUCCGGGGGCACGCAGGACUGCCCACAGGACCUCCAUCGCAGAAACACCACCACCUGUAACAGCGGGAACGACUACUGCUACGACGGGACCUGCCAGACGCACAGUGAUCAGUGCCAGUUUCACUUUGCCACCACGCCUGCUGACAGUAGCUGCUACUCAGUACUAAACACUGAUGGAACGGAGGGCGGUAACUGCGGCUACACCCAGACCGCCUACAUUGCAUGUACUCCGAGGGGGUUCUCUCCACUGCCAGGGACGGACAUCAUGAAUCCGGGCCUAGUAGCCGACGGGACACGAUGUGGCAAUGGACUCGCCUGCUAUUCCCAGCAGUGUAUUUCGGUGGGUAAUCUCCCAACACUGACCGGCAUCCCUGCCUGCCCCACCAGGAACGGACAAACCUGCUCUGGAAAUGGAUCAGUGUAUGAAGUGAAGGAGAGCAGUGGGUCUGUAGAAAUUUGUGUGGAUGCCGAUGGUAUUCUCGAAGACUACCUGACAGUCUAUCUCUUUACCAUUCCCGGUACUGCCACUGCUGCUGACUUUUAUCCACUGAGUGAGAGCCUCACAUUCCGCGAUGGAGGGCGACAUUGUGUGAACAUCAGCAUUGUGACUGGAGAUGCUCUGGAGAACCUUAGAGUGCUGAAGUUUAAGUUUCAGCGAAGAAGGAGAUUUAUUGGUAGCAUCACUGAGGAGCAGUGUUUCAAUGUCACCAUUCUGAGCGAUCCUUUCGUGGAAGAAGACGAAGUGUUUUUGGUUCAACUGUCCACUGAUGACUCUGGAGUUGUACUUAGUACGGAAGAGGCUGAGGUUGUCAUUGUCGACAAUGACUACGUCAUUGCUCAAAUGGAACUGGCUGAAUAUAAUGUGUGUGAGGGUGUGGGAAGCCUGAUGGUGUGUGCUGCUGUCACUGGUGGGACUGUGACUUCCUCCUUCACUUUCACUCUUGCAACAAAUCCAGGAACUGCCACUGCUCCGGAAGACUAUGAAGAUGUUAGUGUAGAGGUUGUGGGAGAGCAGAUUCCUUGUCUGAGCAUCACCAUAGAAGAUGACAUGGAGAGGGAAAGCAGUGAUGAGACCUUUACUGUUGUCUUGAGCACAUCUGAUCCCAGUGUCAUUAUUGUCUCACCAAACACAUCUACUGUUACCAUCUAUGACAAUGAAGAGCCCAGGAUUGAAUUCAUCAAUAAUACUCCAGAUUCUACUGGUUUCAAUAUAAGCUCAGAAUUUCAGAUAGAGGGCUGCAUCAAUCAGACAAUGUGUACCAUACGUCAAACUGGAGAAUCUAUUGCCUGUGAAAAUUCUGUGUCCUUCACACAAGAGCGAAAUGGUGCUCGCACUCUGUUUAUUACAGCCAGUGGCUUCUGUGGAAACAGUCAAACACUGUCCCGUAUUCUUCGAUCUGACGUCUCAGUAUGUGAUGUACAUCAAAUCAAUGGAGGGGUAGAGCAAGCAACUGUAGAUGGGAAUAGUGCAACUGUACUGUUUGAAGGAACAGGUCCAUCUGUUGACAAUGUUGUCACUGAUUUUGGGCUCAGCAUUAGAAGGGAGAGUGCUGGAGAGUUUGAGAAUAUCGUGACUGGCCUCAUGUGCUCUACAGCAGCUACUCAGGCUCCCUCUCCAUUUACUGUGACAUGCUCUUUGGAACUGGCUGAAUAUAAUGUGUGUGAGGGUGUGGGAAGCCUGAUGGUGUGUGCUGCUGCCACUGGUGGGAGUGUGAUUUCCUCUUUCACUCUUGCAACAAAUCCAGGAGCUGCCACUGCUCCGGAAGACUAUGAAGAUGUUAGUGUAGAGGUUGUGGGAGAGCAGAUUCCUUGUCUGAGCAUCACCAUAGAAGAUGACAUGGAGAGGGAAAGCUGUGAUGAGACCCUUACUGUUGUCUUGAGCACAUCUGAUCCCAGUGUCAUUAUUGUCUCACCAAACACGUCUACUGUUACCAUCUAUGACAAUGAAGAGCCCAGGAUUGAAUUCAUCAAUAAUACUCCAGAUUCUACUCGUUUCAAUAUAAGCUCAGAAUUUCUGAUUGAGGGCUGCAUCAAUCAGACAAUGUGUACCGUACGUCAAACUGGAGAAUCUAUUGCCUGUGAAAAUUCUGUGUCCUUCACACAAGAGCGAAAUAGUGCUCACACUCUGUUUAUUACAGCCAGUGGCUUCUGUGGAAACAGUCAAACACUGUCCCGUAUUCUUCGAUCUGACGUCUCAGUAUGUGAUGUACAUCAAAUCAAUGGAGGAGUAGAGCAGGCAACUGUAGAUGGGAAUAGUGCAACUGUACUGUUUGAAGGAACA